AUGCCAACCGCAGCAACCCACCCCCGCCGCACAGCUGCCACCACUAGCAGCACUUACGCAAUGCGCGCGACGGAGCCACAUAUCCACACCGCCAUCCUGGCGAGCACCUUCGUCACUGCCUUCCCGAACCUAGUCUCUGACCCGGCGAGCACACUCCUGUGGACGCUCCCGGGGCUAGCGCUCUUGCAAGCAAUCUAUCAAGUCCGCUGCCUCCGUACGCUGAAGCCUACCCCCUUGUCGGGGGCCGGGAAGAAGAAGGUUGUGGGCGUUAGUAGCAAGAUAAUUGUAUCGUACCCCGCCCCACGGCCACAUGUAUGGCAUAUAUAUGAUGGAUAUCUGUGGCUGAUUUUACAAGUCAUCACUCUUAGCGACCCUCUUCGCAACAACAUUCGGCACGGCAGCACUCUACGUGCUGCUCGUACUCUUCGGCGCCCCGGCGACGACGCAUUUGAUCCCCACAGUGCUGUGCGCGAUGCAUAUGGCGCUGCUGGCGGUCGCGCCGUUGGUGCAUAAGUAUCGCCUCGAAGGCAGGAUCUGGAGAGAGGUUUUGGGAGGGAGGGCCAUCGUCGAGGAGUGCUUUGCUGGUGCUGUCGGUGUGUUGGUUGGUGCGUGGGUAGGGGCUGUACCGAUUCCUUUAGGUAUGUUCUCUCUCUCUCGUUGGCCUUUGGGGAUUGUUUUUUUUUUUUUGAGAGAGAGAGUGUGGGCUAAUUGUGGGAUUAGAUUGGUGAGUUUGGUUUUAUAUUUUUGGGAGGGAAGAGUUCAGGGGGGAUGAUAGUCUGGCUGACUUGGGUUUAUAGGGAUCGUGAAUGGCAGAAGUGGCCCGUUACAAUCGUCACUGGGGCAUAUAUCGGAUAUAUGGUUGGGAAAAGCUUGGGCUGGGCGUGCCCGGGGGGGCGUUUGCCUUUGUAACCUUUUCUCUCCCUUUUCUUUCACACCUGUAGGUUAUGAGCAAACAAGCAAGCUUAAUGCUCUGAACUGCAAGGAAGAAAGAAGAAAACUGUUAGUUGAAUAGGUAAGGUAAGCAACGAAGGGAACUUUCCCCCCCCUUCCCAUUCAAUAAUUAUAAUUUCUGUAUCAAAAGAAUGUAUUGCUAUAGUUAUCAUACCACAGAUAGAAUAAUUGGCCUCUGGAGAUAUAAUUGACCCGUCCAAUGUUGC